CUUGCCCAUGUUCCUGUCGCUGGGUGAUGUCACCGGUAUCCAUGGCUACCGCUGCUACAACUAACUCCAUAGAUGGUGAAAAGCCGGUAAAAUCCAAAGAACGAGGCUGGUCACUAAUCCAUAGCUAAUGGGGUAACACCUGCAGUGCUGGGUGGUCUUCAGUAUGCCGGCUGUCGCACCCUGCAGUGCCACCUUAUGUAUCAGUAGUGUCAGAACUCUGCCUGUAACAGGUCGGUGUAUGUACUGGUGCUGAUCUGUAGUACCAUAAUGCCUUCUUAGGUUAUUGAAGUGUAAGAAGACAUGUCAGACAUUGAUAGGCCAGUAUCACAAAGUGGGUCAUGUCCAGGGGGAGAACAUGAGACUCCAGAAAAAGACAUGGCACAUCAGGAGCUGGAUAAACUUGAUGGAACUGUGGGGCCAUUGACACAAUAUACUUUUGAUGAGCCAAAUCUAGAGGAAGAUGAGGAAGAACCAGAGGGGAAUAAUGAUUCAGAACAUUUGAAUGGAGAUGAAGCCCUGCAGGGUUCUGAUAAACAGUUGGGCCAGGAAGAACCAGCGUUACAUUGGAAUGUGGAGGAAGAUCUGGAAGUUCAGCAGUGGUCCGAUGGCUCCAGCUACAAAGGAAAUGUUACUAUGAAUAUGAAACUAGGUUUUGGGGAAUUCAAGUGGGCCAAUGGAGAGAGCUACACAGGGGAAUUUUACAAGGAUCAUCACCAUGGCACGGGGGUUUACACUUGGCCUGAUGGCUCUAAAUUCACUGGCUCAUUUUACCUGAGCCGUAAAGAAGGUUAUGGAACCAUUACAUUUGCUGAUGGUAAAAAGUACCAGGGUCUGUACAAAUCCGAUGUGCGGUUUGGUCCUGGCUUUGAGACCUACAGUGAUGGUUGUCAGGAUGUUGGCAUCUGGUUGAGUCAUCACCUGAUCAGACUAUGUUCUGCGGUACCUGGAUCUGUCUCCAUUUCUUCUUUUCCGGAGUUUUGCUAUCCCUUCAAAGAAGAGCAAUAUAAUAGUGAAAAUUACGCUUCAGACCUGGAGAAGUGCCAAGAGGAAGACCCGUUUGAAUACAGAUACAAGAUCUUGCUCCUAGAGGACCGCUUCACUCUCCCAGACAGGAUCUACUCCUACUCAUCAGACAUGGACCAUCUUCCCAUCACUCCUUCUCUGCACACGGAAUUUGAGCACCAUUUUUAUAGAGACAAAUUCUAUCCAGAGCAAUCCAGCAAUAAUAUAUCUGCCAGUAUGCACUGUACCAAUGGGAUGAGGAAGAUUUAUCAGCAUGUUAAUAGACACAGAAACAGCCCAGAACACUUGAACUGGGACAUGUGCUCUAUAAUGAAUGACGAUCGAGAAAAGUUUGGUCCAAAAGGCAUUGGUGAGUCUGUGGCUGAGCAGCUCAUUGUGAUGGCCGGAGCUGGAAGUUACGAGAGUAUUUCCACAAUCCUGAGACUUGAUCUGGCCCACGUAGAUGUGUCUGAUAGCAGUGGACAGACUGCUUUGCAUUUUGCAACUGUAAAUGGCCAUAAUAAAAUCAUUAACCUUCUUCUUGACAAUGGAGCGGAUGUUAACAAAAGUAAUGAUGAGGGUUUGUCAGCUUUGUCCUUGUGUCUGAUGCUUCUCUACAGCACAAAAUCAUUUUGGCCUAAUGUGGCUGAGCGGAAUCUCCCCCCUAACAAGGAGGACAUCAGUAAUCGGACAUCGGACAGUUCUGGUAAUGAAAGCAGUGUUGGUGAUGAGAAGGACAUUGAUGACAAGAACAUGAUGCCUCCAGUUUCUGAACAAUGUGCCAUCACAUCUGCUGAUGAUACGACAGAUCCCAGUGUGGAGGGUCAAGGACGGGAUUUCACUGCUAAUCGGCAUAGGAAUGAAACCUUAUACUCCACCAUCAACCUACUUCUCCUGCGUGGUGCUGACCCCAAUAUGUGCAGCAUCCCGAUGCAUGCUCUGUUCUUUACAACUAAAGCUGCUGAUGUGAAUACGGCGCAGCUACUGCUGGAGUGUGGAGCCAGGACGGAUGUCCGCUUGUAUACACAGUAUGGUUCCCUAACCCCUCUACACAUAGCAGCAGCACUGCCGCUGUCUGACGGGAUCCGGAUCACAGAGAUUCUGCUGCAUGCUGCCUCAGAUCCAAAUGCUAGCGCUGAGGAUGAAGACUACGUGUAUGAUCAGGACAGGCUGGAGAUGCCCAGCUCCGUUCUUGGGUUUUCUAUGAAAGGUGGCCAUGACUCAGGGCUGCCUCUGCAUGACUACUUUGACAAAAGUCCUCGUGUACCAGAAGAGGGAGGCCGCACUCCGUUACACGUGGCAUGUGAGAGGCAGGAUAACUACAAGUUUGCCAAGGAUACCAUUUCUUUACUUCUGGCCCACAGUGCCAAGGUCAACAAUCUGUGGAGUGGGCACUCCCCCCUGUCCUUGGCCAUCGCCAGUGGAAAUGACUUGGCAGUAAAAGAGCUUCUAGCAAAUGGAGCAGAUCCCAACCUAGCUCUCAGCAGAGGGGUAGGCAGCGCCCUGUGUGCAGCCGUGAAUAUCACAUAUGAGAAGAAGAGAACUCUAACUGCGAGAAUUGCUCUGGUGGACAGGCUUAUAAAGGCUGGUGCAAAUAUUCUGAUGCCGAUUGUUAUAGGAAAUGGAAAGAGAACCGUGUUGGGUACAGCCACAGACUAUGCCUAUUACAAGUAUUUCCAGGAUAAGAGGAUAGCGCACACACCGUACCAUGCCUUGUCACUGGAGGAGCGGGAUAUUUACAACUCUCGGAAACAGUUAUUGGAGCACUUGGGAAAUCUCACGCGGGAGGCAGCAAUAAUGAAAGAAAAGGAAUGGGCAAAGGAAGGCAUAUUCCGUGGUCCUGAUGUGCACAGAGAUGCAAAAACUAGAAGAAAAAUGAAGGAGCCAGUUGUUGAAGAGAGCUUGCUGUUACCUCAAAAAACCUUCUUCAAGUACUGUUACCAGUGCGGCCGCUCUGUAGGUGUGAAGCUGACUCCAUGUUUACGCUGUUAUUGUGUAUAUACAUGUAGCAAACAGUGCAAGAAGAGAUCAUGGGAAGAACUACACAAAGAUGAAUGCCAGCAACUGAUGGGGAAGCUCAGUGGCAAGAUGUCAGCGACCAAAGGAACAAGGAGCCAGACAUCAAAGACUCUGCACACUGAGAGAGAGUCAUCCCAUCAUGACCUUAGGGCUCAUACAAGCCGGGAUUCUGUUUCAAGUACCUUGAAACUCGAUGAUGAGACACCCACAAGCAAGAGGACAAGGAAGAAGGCAUCAGGGAGCCUGCACACUGAGACCGAGUCAUCUCCUCCUGACCUUAGGGCUCAUACAAGUCUGGACUGUGUUCCAAGUGCCUGGAAUCUCAGUGGCAAGAUGUCUCCAGUAAAAAUAACAAGGGACAAGAUAUCAAGGAGCCUACACACUGAGAAAGAGUCAUCUCAACCUGACCGAUGGGCCCACACAAGUCAGGACUGUGUCCCAAGUACCAGUAGGAGUAACAGUUGUAAUUCUACUCUCUACAAACACACCACCCUCCACCUAGGGAAGGUCAGUGACAAGAUGUCCCCAACCAAAGGAACAAGGAGACAACCAUCAAAGCCUCUCCGCCCCGAGAGAGAGUCAUCCCAGCCUGACCAAACGGCUCGUACAAGUCGGGAUUAUGAUCCAAGGAAUCUCAGUGGCAAGAUGUCUCCAGUAAAAAUAACAAGGAACAAGAUAUCAGGGAGCCUACACACUGAGAAAGAGUCAUCUCAUCCUGACCGAUGGCCCCAUACAAGCCAGGACUGUGUUCCAAGUGCCUGUGAGAGCAAAAAUAAUAGUGGGAAGGUCAGUGACAAGAUGUCCCCAACCAAAGGAACAAGGAGCCAACCAUUAAAGCCUCUCCACCCCGAGAGAGAAUCAUCCCAGCCUGACCAAACGGCUCGUACAAGUCGGGAUUAUGAUCCAAGGAAUCUCAGUGGCAAGAUGUCUCCAGUAAAAAUAACAAGGAACAAGAUAUCAAGGAGCCUACACACUGAGAAAGAGUCAUCUCAUCCUGACCGAUGGGCCCACACAAGUCAGGACUGUGUCCCAAGUACCAGUAGGAGGAAGGUCAGUGACAAGAUGUCCCCAACCAAAGGAACAAGGAGACAACCAUCAAAGCCUCUCCGCCCCGAGAGAGAGUCAUCCCAGCCUGACCAAACGGCUCGUACAAGUCGGGAUUAUGAUCCAAGGAAACUCAGUGGCAAGAUCUCUCCAGUAAAAAUAAUAAGGAACAAGAUAUCAGGGAGCCUACACACUGAGAAAGAGUCAUCUCAACCUGACCGAUGGCCCCAUACAAGCCAGGACUGUGUUCCAAGUGCCUGUGAGAGCAAAAAUAAUAGUGGGAAGGUCAGUGACAAGAUGUCCCCAACCAAAGGAACAAGGAGCCAACCAUUAAAGCCUCUCCACCCCGAGAGAGAAUCAUCCCAGCCUGACCAAACAGCUCGUACAAGUCGGGAUUAUGAUCCAAGGAAACUCAGUGGCAAGAUGUCUCCAGUAAAAAUAACAAGGAAAAAUAUAUCAGGGAGCCUGCACACUGAGAAAGAGUCAUCUCAUCCUGACCGAUGGGCCCAUACAAGUCAGGACUGUGUCCCAAGUACCAGGAAGGUCAGUGACAAGAUGUCCCCAACCAAAGGAACAAGGAGACAACCAUCAAAGCCUCUCCGCCCCAAGAGAGAGUCAUCCCAGCCUGUCCAAAGGGCUCGUACAAGUCGGGAUUAUGAUCCAAGUCCCUAUGAGAACUACAGCUAUAAUUAGUGGCAGGACUUACCUCCUUAUUUCUACAGUAAAGCAGAGGACUGUAAACCGACCAUUCAAGCUGUCUUUAGUUAUCAGUGUCAUAACGUGAUAUGUACAUUUCUUUGUGAGCUCAUUUGAAUGCACUUACAGUAGUAAAGAACUCACCUAAGCAGUCUCCUAGCAUGGAAGCAUUGUGGUCCCUACAUGAGACAAUCCUCCGCCUAGUUACACUGGAAGAAGCUAUACUGUGACGCACUGGGCUGUUCCAGACGUCCUCGAUUUAUAUGUACCAGGCGGUGUGGCAUAUAACUUUAUCCCAGCAGGGUUUGUGGAUUUAAGAACAAGAAUAAAAUAGUAGGAAUGUUAUUUGUUAUAGGCACACAAAAUAACUUUGUACAUUAUGAUAAAUUAUCUUAAAUCAGUGUAAUUAGAAAUAUGGAUGGUAAUUAGAUAGAAGGUGGUUUACGCCCAUAUUUUCUAGUAUUGCCGAGGCCAGGUUGUGUGUCUUUCUAUGCAGUCUUGCUGGCCUCAGCUACGGAGCUGAGAUUGCCAAUGUGAGUAACCUCAGGGAUACUCCGAUGGCUGAUGGUCUCACAGAUGAUCCAGUUGGAUGUACAAUGCCAGGAGGAGGCUAUGAAUGCUAAAUUGAUUUCUCACAAAUAUUUAAAAUGCCCGCUCUAAUAUAUAUUGUAAAUGCCUGCACAUCUUAUUACCAUAUCCCAUAAAUGUGCGCUGUACAUCGCACAACACUGCAUCCCAUAAUAGAAAACAAAACACCCACACAUUAUCUGAUUUCCAAAGCUCGUUGAUGUAUAUAUUUGUUAUUAAAAAGGAUAUGGAUUCAAUAUAUAUUACAAAGUACAGUAUACCUAUAGUUACAACUCAUACAGUAAGCAGUUAAUACAUAAAGUUACAUACAGUUACAUGCCAGCGAUACAAUACCAUUCCCUCAAUGUAUCUUAUAUAUCUCUUUCUCUGUAAAGUAAUGUUGGGACUCCAUCUUCCUCUGAGACCAAACCAGGAACUGAAUUGGCAGCAAGUGCAUCAUCCUCUGAGACCAAAAAGCAAGUAACUUCCUGUGUGGUCAGCAGAGUAUUAUCUAGUUUCUGGGGGAGGGGUUCAUGGUGAGUCACUAUUCUCUUUGUAUAUGGUAAUCAGAUUCAGCCUUGAAGACAUCCAAAGGGCUGGCCUGAGUUCCCUGUCCACUGUAACAUUCAUUGUUCUAACAAAGUGAUUUUAGCUUUUAUACAUGUAAUCAUAAUUCCGUGUUGCAAUGUACUACAACUUAAUAACAAGUAUCAAAUGAAUCUACACAUCAAGCUGGUUUCUUUAAUAGUAAACAUGACAGGUCUAUCUGGUUCCAUUCAAAUAAUACACAUACAUGACACCACUUCAUUACAUAUACAAUUCUAAAUCAUCAUGAUGUCUGGCGCUU